ACUCUCCCUCAUAUUUACAAUCUCUCUGUCUCUUUCUCUCUUUAAGGUUAGGGUUAGGGUUUUCGAAGCCUCAGCCCCCGAUCGUCGCCAUAUACAAUGGCGUCCCCUUCCGUUUCUCUCCCCAGGGUAUCCUCCAAGACGGAGUCGUAUGUGGACAACAAGCGCAAGGAGGACAUCCGGCAAGCUAACAUUGUGGCGGCACGCGCCGUCGCCGAGGCCGUCCGCACCAGCCUGGGUCCCCGGGGCAUGGACAAGAUGAUCUCCACGGCCUCUGGCGAGGUCAUCAUCACCAACGACGGCGCCACCAUCCUCAACAAGAUGGAGGUCCUCCAGCCCGCCGCCAAGAUGCUCGUCGAGCUCUCCAAGUCCCAGGACUCCGCCGCUGGUGACGGCACCACCACUGUUGUUGUUAUCGCGGGCGCACUCCUCCGUCACUGCCUCUCCCUGUUGUCCCACGGCAUCCACCCGACUGUCAUCUCUGACUCCCUCCACAAGGCAGCCACCAAGGCCGUCGAGGUUCUCUCGGCGAUGGCUGUCCCCGUCGAGCUCUCCGACCGCGACUCUCUCGUCAAGUCUGCCAGCACCUCCCUCAACAGCAAGGUUGUCAGCCAAUACUCCACUCUUCUCGCUCCGCUCGCUGUCGACGCUGUCCUCUCCGUCGUCGACCCGGCCAAGCCCGAUAUCGUGGACCUCCGGGACGUCAAGAUCGUCAAGAAGCUCGGCGGCACCGUUGACGAUACCGAGCUCGUCAAAGGCCUCGUCUUCGACAAAAAAGUGAGCCACGCUUCCGGAGGGCUCACCCGGGUGGAGAACGCCAAGAUUGCGGUCAUCCAGUUCCAGAUUUCACCGCCGAAAACUGAUAUCGAGCAGAGUAUCGUCGUUUCGGAUUAUGCCCAGAUGGAUCGGAUACUUAAGGAGGAGAGGCAGUACAUUCUGGGAAUGAUUAAGAAGAUCAAGGCGACUGGGUGCAAUGUCUUGUUGAUCCAGAAAAGCAUUUUGCGCGACGCCGUGACCGAUUUGUCGCUGCAUUAUCUCGCCAAGGCGAAGAUUUUGGUGGUCAAGGAUGUGGAGCGUGACGAGAUUGAGUUUAUCACCAAGACUUUGAAUUGUUUGCCCAUUGCAAACAUUGAGCAUUUCCGGGUCGAGAAAUUGGGGUAUGCGGAUCUUGUUGAGGAGACUACUGUUGGGGAUGGGAAGAUUGUGAAGAUUACGGGGAUUAAGGACAUGGGUCGGACCACCACGGUGCUGGUUCGUGGGUCGAACCAGCUGGUGCUUGAUGAGGCGGAGAGGAGCUUGCACGACGCUCUGUGUGUGGUUAGGUGCUUGGUGAAUAAGCGGUUUUUGAUUGCAGGUGGCGGGGCUCCAGAGAUUGAGCUGUCGAGGCAGUUGGGUGCUUGGGCAAAGGUGCUGCACGGGAUGGAGGGUUAUUGUGUUCGGUCGUUUGCCGAGGCGCUUGAAGUGAUUCCCUAUACAUUGGCUGAGAAUGCCGGGUUGAAUCCGAUUGCCAUUGUGACGGAGCUGAGGAACCGGCAUGCGCAGGGGGAGAUCAAUGCUGGGAUUAAUGUGAGGAAGGGGCAGAUUACUAAUAUCUUGGAGGAGAAUGUGGUGCAGCCGCUGCUUGUGAGCACGAGUGCGAUCACCCUGGCGACGGAGUGCGUGAGGAUGAUCUUGAAGAUCGAUGACAUUGUCACUGUGAGGUAGUUCAGCUUGGAAUAUGAACAGCUUUGGAGGGAAGAUGGUUGGUCUUGUUAUCUUUUGCUAUUGCGUGCUAUUUUAGCUUGUGGUAUGUGUUCGAUUAGAUUCUUAUGUUAAAGAAUUUUGAUAUGUUUUUGUUGCUGACUUUUUCCUUGAAUUUGGAUGUUGUUUGAUGUCUUGUGGAGACG